GGCUGUCAGCGGCAGCCACCGAACGGUUUGGUGCAGGAUUUUGGUGAUGUCUGAGAGGCAGGCAGAUGUUGGGAAGACAAAGUGACCACAAGGAGCAAGGCACAAGAAAAGCCUUUUCUUUUAACCUGGCUGCCUUUGAAGAAGUGACUCAGACAUCUUCAUGGCCUCUAAAGAUGCACAGAACCAAAGAAGUAGAGGUUUGCCUGGCUUUCUUCCUGGAGCUCCAGACCCUGACCACAGCUUUCACGUCUCACUUCCCAACCCAGGGAACCAAGUGUGGCAGCCAACUCUCCCUCCGCCAGGCAGUCUCCCUCCUGGUCUAGAAUAUUUAAGCCAGUUAGACCUGAUAAUUAUACACCAGCAGGUGGAGCUUCUUGGAAUGAUCCUUGGCACUGAGACCGCCAACAAAUAUGAGAUUAAAAACAGCCUGGGGCAAAGAAUUUACUUUGCAGUGGAGGAAAGCAUCUGCUUCAAUCGUACCUUCUGUUCCACGCUGCGAUCUUGCACUCUGAAGAUCACAGAUAACUCAGGUCGGGAGGUGAUUACAGUAAACAGGCCUCUGAGGUGUAACAGCUGCUGGUUCCCUUUCUACCUUCAAGAGUUAGAAAUCCAAGCCCCUCCUGGUACUAUAGUUGGUUAUGUUGCACAGAAGUGGGACCCCUUUCUGCCUAAAUUCACAAUCCAAAAUGCAAACAAAGAAGAUAUUUUGAAAGUUGUUGGUCCUUGUGCAACAUGUGGCUGUUUUGGCGAUGUGGAUUUUGAGGUGAAGACUAUUAAUGAAAAGCUUACAAUUGGGAAGAUUUCAAAGUACUGGUCAGGAUUUGUAAAUGAUGUCUUUACCAAUGCUGACAACUUCGGAAUUCAUGUUCCUGCAGAUCUAGAUGUGACGGUCAAAGCAGCGAUGAUUGGUGCUUGUUUUCUCUUUGAUUUUAUGUUCUUUGAACAUUCACUGGCUGGAUUAUAAUAAGCAAGACAACAAAAACAAUAAAAUAUGCAAGAACAUAUUUCAAUAUCCCAUGGGCGCUGGAUUUCAUUUCUAAAUGGUUUGCAUAUUUGCUUUUUUGGUAACAAAUGUUAAUUAUUAUAUUUAUUAAAGCAUAAUGUAAUGAAGCAAUUAUUUGGUUAUAAAUGCAUGAUAGCUAAAGACAAGAUUACAGGGCUGCUUUGAGAGAUUGUCAUUCUUUCUUUUUAAUCCUUUUGAAGUUAUUGCAUGGGUAAGCAUGAAAGAUGAGAACUAAGGCUUGCAGCAUCACUGAUGAAAAUCCAAUGUUUAGAGAGCACUUUGAAGUUUUUCUGGUACUAAGGCUGGUUACUAAUCAAAAGGACUAGAUUUCUAAAAUAUUUUUUCAUAAGCAGUCUUUUGACUUUGUUUAUUAAUCUUAUUGUAGUGAGACAUGUUUAUAUCAGAAAAGCUGAAAGUUGGAUAAAUAAUAUGCUUAGAGAUGAGGAGGAAGAUAGAUGAAAUCAAUUUGUUCUAGUGGUAAGGAACUAAUAUUUCCAUAAGGAAGCUAAUAUUUACAAACCAAAGUAUGCUGUAAAUACAUCUGCACACCAGAUAUUUAAAUAAGCAUAUAAAUAGACUUCUCAGUUAGUAAAAGCAGUGAUAUAGAGCAGGAACUUUAUCUAUUUACAGUGAGUUCAGUCAAGAAAGGGACAUAGGGCUCUGAAAAAUUCACAAUUCUAGGACUUAAAAAUAAGCAAACAAAAACAAACAAAACCUUAACACAUGAGGCAAAUGCAGAAGUCAGGGCAUACAGUCAACUCAAUUAAUUAAUGCCUUCUACUUUAAAGUUUUUGGAGUCUUCUAGAUAACUACAUCUAGUUAUCCACUCAUUUCCAAAGUCCACACAAGAAGAAAUUUUUAGAAUUUAUUUUUUAGGAAUGAUGAUAAUUCUUCCCUUUCUGAUACGAGGAAACAGACUUGUUUUAAGCAAAGCACCAUGUAGCCAUUUGGACUCUAAUUUAGAAUUAUAUAAAGACUACCCAAAUUUCUAUCCACUUAUAAAUGUGUUCAGAGAAACUCCAGGCAAUCCCCCACUUAGAAACAGAAAUGUGUUCCAAGUAUCUGUUACUAAAUUAAUUGGAAUUAGGAAUCUCUCAUCUAGAAAUAACACUGUAUGUGUCAGUUAAGCUCCCAAGAUAGCUCACAAAUAGCAAUUUAGUCCUGGGUUCUGGGGUCAGGGUUCUAGGUUAUAUAAGAUGGAAAGGAAAGCAAUCACCUUUUCUGAGAGCCCCCUCCAUUGGCAUCCCGCAGCAAACCAUAAAAGAUUGACUGGUGGAGCAGAAUAGUUUAAGCAUUGACACCAAAAAAUAACCAUGCUUCAAACCCAAACUUUCUCCUGGCGGUCCCAUCCAUUCUCUCAGCGUCACUGGUAUGACCUGAGUGUUGGAACAGUAGGGUCACAGAAGCAAACGGCUGUCCUGUGUGUGAUAGACAUUUUCUUGAGUCUGCUGUGUGCUAGCCACGCCUCUGUACAUUGGUCCUAUAGUCUUUCUCAACUUUCUCAGGUUUCCCAUGUGUUACUUUGGAGAGCUGUGGUGACGGUUGAGGGGACUGCGGUGUUUCCUCUCCUUCCCCUUGAUCUAUUUUAACUAAUGUGUGUGUGACUUAUUCAUAACCAGCUAAGGAAGGGACAUUUUUAAAGCUGAUGCUUAUUAACUAAUAAAAUGGAGAAAAAUAGCUAGCAUUUUCUGGGGGCUUAUUACAUGUCAGGCACCAUGCUUCAUAUGAAUUCCUGGUGGGGGACAAAAUGCAGUAAAAACAAAGGAAGAUCAGGCAGUAUGUGGAAGACUGCCUGGCACCCUAUCUUUCCCCCUCCUCAAAUUUUCUCCUUAAAGAUGAAUCUGCUUUCAUAUCUUCUUGUAUUUUUUAUUUCUAAACUGAUUUUUGUAAUUUAUGUCACAACAGCAGCAUUUGACACUCUCAUGGUAGGGCAAAAUGGGAGAAAAACACUACUUAUAAAUACUACAUUUUAACAUGACAAACAUUUGGAUCUAAAAAAAAGUAUUUAAAUGGUUUAAAAAUGCCUACUUCUAAUGGAGACUCCCCAAAGAUAAAAAUCUUUCUUAGAAUACAGUGCUUAUUUCAAAAUUGGCUAUAUUAAACAAAAAGCUGUUGUAUUACUUUGCUCCUGAAUUGCACACUACAACAAAUUAAGAUCCAUCCUAUCUCCUCUUCCUCAUUAAAGGUGAAAUUGAUCUUUACAUG